AUGGCGCUUCCUACCAACCCCGGCGGUAUGAUGGCGGGCAUGAACCCAACCGCCGGCAUGUCAGAGCAGGAAGUGCAGAUGACCAAAAUGAUCCAAGCGUCCAUGGAAUCGUGCAUCGGCAAAACCGUCAUGGCCGGCGUCAUGGGUGGUGGCCUGGGAGCCAUGUUCGGACUCUUCAUGGCAUCGAUGCGUUACGACACGCCCAUGGGCCAGCCGCUCCCAACCGCAAACCCAUCGCCCGUCGCUGCGGGCGCAGCUACAACAACUCCAGCCAGCACAGCGACCACCGCAGCGAAACCCGCCGGCACGCCCCUCGCCAACGCCGUCCGCGCCGCCGCAACGAGCACCGCCACCUCCACCUCUACACUCCCCUCCGCCGCUGCGACACAGGCCAUCGGUGCUUCCUCAUCUUCUUCCGCGGCAGCCGCAACAGCAGCCCCGGCGUCCGUCCUCUCCCCCACCACCACCGCGCCCAUCUCCGACCUGCCGCUGAAGCAGCAGCUCAAGCACGGGCUGCGCGACAUGUACCGCAGCUCCAUCAGCUCCGGCAAGAACUUUGCCAAAGUCGGCGCCAUUUUCAGCGGCACCGAGUGUGCGAUUGAGGGCCUGCGGGCCAAGAACGACUUGUACAAUGGCGUCGCCGGAGGCUGCAUCACCGGCGGUGUGCUGGCAAGGAAUGCAGGGCCGCAGGCCGUGGCGGUUGGGUGUGCUGGAUUCGCCGUCUUCUCGGCUGCCAUUGACGCUUACAUGGUGAGUCCUGGUGUUUUCCUCUGGGUAGUUGGCGAGGUGCUGUGUGGAGAUGGAAGCUAA